CUAGACUUUAGUUCAGUGUAGCCGUUGUUACGAACCACGCAAAGGUGAUUUCGCCAUGGCUCCCACACACGUCCAUCACGCCAUUCCUACCUGGAUCGAGGAGAAUAAAAAGUUCUUCCUGCCACCGGUAUGCAACAAAAUGAUAUAUGGUGUAAACUUGUGCAAAUACUGCACUGAAUCUGUACAACACAAGGACAGCCUCCAGACAGCAAAAGGCAUUAGUAUGCAGAUCACACACUCAAAGCCGUGGCAACAGCUCUUGCCUACAAGGAAAGGACGUGAUAUUGGGUCCCGUGCUUUUAUCGUUUCAUCUACACGUUACAAGGUCCCUGUGUUAAAAGGACUGGCAUUGCCCAUCAUGCGAUUAGACCAAGAGGUACGACAGGUUUGGUUGGUUACGUUGAUGUGGAUUGAUCGAUGUGAUUUACAUCUUACCACCAUCACCAUCACCACCAUUAACACAGUUGCCUUAGCUGUCGCGUUUCGGCCACACCGGGCUCUGAAUGAUGCCGGGCUAAGUCUGAAAGUGCAUAUCCUCUUAAGAGGCGGUGUGCUGGCCGAGCAUCUGCGAUGUUUACUACAAAUCAGACGGGUACAAAAAUGGACAUACUCCUUGACUUCUCUCAUCCUACUUCAGGUCUUCCUCUUACCUGGCAAGAUCCCACAUUCCCCGCAGCGUUUUGCCGAGACCAUAGGCCUAGUCAUCGAGAGAGAGAGAAUGAAGACUGAACUCGAUGGUCUAAGGUAUUACGUAGAAGGAACGACCGAUUCAUUAUUCGAGCGCUGGUUUUACUGUGAAGAUUUGGGCUCUCAGCUGGGACCAAUUAUCAAGGAGUAUUUCGCUUCAGAACAACACAAGACUGGAAAACCCAUUCCAGGAACCAUUCCUGAAAACCCUCCCUUUGCCCCGGAUGCGGCGAGGAAGCUGGAGGACCCCUUUCCUUUGGCCAAGUGGCUCACCAAACACAGCGCUGAGAUUCACCAAGAAGGAAGUAAAAGACUCUUUGACCUCAGCUACCAGAGUGACGUCACAGUGUUUGGCAGAGGGACAUCCGAGGUCAAGCUACCACGCGCAGAGACUUGGCUGUGGCAGUUGGAAGGCGAGACCGCAGUGACAACGGGAGGGAAGAUGGUGAAGCUGAAACCCCAAGACUCGCUAUUACUCCGCGCUGACUCCCCCUACUCCCUCACGCGGACCGAAGGAGCUCUGACCCUCUCCGUCGUGAUGGAUCCCGGGUCUAAAGAAAGGGGAUUCGCCCAUUUGAAGAAGAAGGAGUGAUCCCUCACUCCGUCUUGUUGUCAUUAUAAGAUUCGUUAUGAUGAUGGAAGGUGACAGGAAUGAUUAGGAUAAUAAUCAUUAUAACUGCUAGAAUGAUAAUGAUAGUAAUGAUAAUCAUGCGAUAAUGAUAUAAUGAUGAUAAUAAUAA